CGCUCGGCUAUUACAAUGGUUCUAUUAGAUGAGACACAAUCUGGUGCCAACAUGGAUGCUAUUAUCCGGCCGGUUGUGCUCUUCGACUCGGGCGAUUCCUCAUCUUUGUUCUCUUCGACUUGGCCAAACCCUAACGAUAUCUCAGCCAUGUCGUCCAAACAAGGAGGGAAAGCGAAGCCAUUGAAGCAACCCAAGGUCGAGAAGAAAGAUUACGACGAGGUUGAUAUGGCAAAUAUUCAAAAGAAGAAGGACGAGGAAAAGGCGCUCAGAGAGCUUAGAGCAAAGGCCCAACAGAAGGGAGCGUUUGGAGGAGCUGGGCUGAAGAAGAGCGGGAAGAAAUGAGGGCUCCCACGCAAUGCAUGUACGUACACAUUACUUCACGACCUGAAAUUGCAAACAUCUAAUGGCUGCUGUUUAAUCAAUUGAGUGUCUUUCUGUUCUGUGUAAAAGCCUGGGAAGAAGAUGAUCAAUGCUCUUCUCCUGGUUUCUUUCUUUCUGGAAUGGAAUGGAUAAAAUUCUCAUGGUUUAAUUUAAUAAUUUUUGCAAUUAUCAAC